AUGCUAGUAGUACAUACCUUCUUCCUUCCCCCGUUACCAUCUUUUACUCAUCACUAGUGUAGUUGUUGUGGGGGAAAAGGAAGAAAAAAACAACAACAUAAGAGAGAGAGAAGGAAACGAGGACACAGUAGUACCAUUUAUUCCUCUGCUUAUUUAUUAGCUAUCAGCAACUGCUACGCAUGGCUGCAAGUUCUUCUUCAAAUUGGGUCAUGGAAAGUGGUGAUGUUCCUCAUGUUUUGGCCGUUGAUGACAACCUUAUUGAUCGCAAACUCGUUGAGAAACUCCUGAGGAAUUCUUCUUGCAAAGUUACAACUGCAGAAAAUGGGCCAAGGGCAUUGGAGUUAUUGGGCUUGACAAGUGGUGGACAGAACAACAUGAACGGUAGAUCCAAAGUAAAUAUGAUAAUCACAGACUAUUGCAUGCCAGGGAUGACAGGCUACGAGCUACUUAAGAAAAUUAAGGAAUCGUCUGUAAUGAAGGAGGUUCCAGUAGUGAUCAUGUCAUCUGAGAACAUACCAACACGGAUUAACAAGUGUCUGGAAGAAGGAGCUCAGAUGUUCAUCCUAAAGCCCCUCAAACAAUCUGAUGUAAGAAAACUGACAUGUCAGUUAAUGAAUUGAGAAAGUGAGAUUUGACUUUUAAGAGAGUCUAAGCUUAAGCAAGAAGGCAAACACUAUAAUGAGAUCUGUGGUCUGGUAAUGUGAGCAGCAGCACUCCAGAACCCUGCAUUUGUCAUGGCCGUCUUUUGCUAAAAUCUAUAGGCCUUAACCAGAAUGUUACCCUCUAAUUUUAGUACUAGUUUAGGUGUAGGAUUUCAUUUCAUUGUUUUUGAAGAUGCUUUACUUUCUUGUAGACCUACAUAUUCCAAUUUAUUUUCCUAGAAUAUAAUUCAUGUUCUUUUUUUCAA